AUGGUGUUUUUCACGUGGUAUUUCGUGAACCGGAAAGCCGAGCCGCCAAUGAAUUCCGGGAAGACGCCCCACUUCCGCCUCCAGCCGCGCAUCCGCCGCCGGACGCCGCUGCUGGACGUCGCGAUCGCCGUCGUCCUCGGCGGCGUCUCGGGCGUCUACAUCUUCAACGACACGCUGCGCAAGGUGGGCAUGCCGCCGGGCAUUGAGACGCCGGCGCCGGCCGCCGACGCACCCGCCGCGACGUCCUCGCCUGCGCCCGAGGCAUAGACCGCUUUGUAUAUCGUAAUAGAACCCGUUGGCCUGCGUCGAACAUAGCUGCGACAGAGGUCAUCGAUCGUAUGUGUACUAGGAUGAGGUGGAGGAGGUAUGGGUCUCGCGCGCUAGUGCUGCGUCUG